ACUUGCAAUAUUAACGAUUAACUUUCUUAAUCAAAUCUUAAACCCAACUUCUGACAAUAACAGAAAAAAAGUCAUCAUCUCUCCUCUUGCCCCCACCAAGUCAUUCUCCGUCCUCGAAAAUCAGUUUUCAAGGGGUUGGAGGUCAAUGGGGUCUUCUUCUGAUACAUGGAUGAGAGAGUACAACGAGGCUUUAAAACUCUCUGAGGAUAUAAACGGCAUGAUGUCUGAAAGAAACUCCUCUGGUUUAACCGGACCUGAUGCUCAGCGCCGUGCUUCAGCGAUACGAAGAAAGAUCACCAUUCUGGGGACACGAUUAGACAGUCUUCUUCAAUCCCUUCUCGUUAAAGUUCCUGGGAAGCAACAACAUGUGUCGGAGAAAGAGAUGAAUCGUCGCAAGGAUAUGGUUGGGAACUUGAGAUCAAAGGCGAAUCAGGUGGCGUCUGCUUUGAACAUGUCUAAUUUCGCAAAUAGAGACAGCUUGCUUGGGACGGAUACAAAGCCUGAUGAUGCAAUGAACAGAGUCUCUGGCAUGGACAACCAAGGCAUUGUUCAGUUUCAGAGACAGGUUAUGAGAGAACAAGAUGAAGGGCUUGAGAAGUUGGAGGAAACAGUCAUGAGUACCAAACACAUUGCUCUCGCUGUCAAUGAGGAGCUCACUCUACAGACAAGGCUUAUCGAUGACUUAGACUACCAUGUGGAUGUUACGGACUCUCGCUUACGGCGUGUGCAGAAGAGCCUUGCGGUGAUGAACAAGAAUAUGAAAGGAGGUUGCUCAUGCAUGUCCAUGCUCUUGUCAGUGCUUGGAAUCGUUGGUCUUGCUCUUGUCAUUUGGCUUCUGGUUAAGUACAUGUAAUGCCCACCAAUCACAACUGUUCUAUCGGCCUCUCCUCUAUGCGAAUGGUUUUGUCUUUGUGCUCUCGUUGCUGUAUGCAAAGAACCCUUGAAAAAGUAUAUAAUCUGUAUUGGCUUUCAUAUGUUCACGAAAUGUAGUCAAAGUUGUAUGUUUGUGUGUAGUAUUAUAUACUUUUUUCUUUGCACAAGACAUGUAUAAAGACAAAGAAUGACACUAUAUAUAUUACUAUAACGUGAAGCAA